CCCACAUCCCAUAGUGACGUCACGGCUCACAUAAAAGCAGCGGGUCUCCGUGAGAGCCUUCAAACCAGUGGUGCGUUUACCCCGUGAAGGUUCUACCGCUAGCGAGCAUCAGCGAUGAAGGUCAGCGGAACAGCCAUGUUGGUGCUGGUGUGUCUGACAGCGGGGGUCCUCGCUAUGCCAGUUCGGAGAUCACCAGACCUGGAAGCAAGACGUAGGAGUGCUAUUGACAGGAGUAUGAUCAGGUUCGGACGAUCCUACCCCCAGGAACCAUCAGCUGCAGAUAUACGCGAAGCUUUCCAGCGACCAACUCGCAAAGGCAACAGCUUUCUUCGCUUCGGAAGAUCACAACCCAUCACCUUUACAACCGACGAGCUCAUCUCAUUCCUCAAAUCUUAUGAAGAUGAUUAUGAACCAAUAACAAAACGCGUGUCCAAUUUCGUAAGACUUGGACGCGACCCAAAAUUCAUCAGGCUUGGAAGGUCUACUGUUGAUAACAACGAGCAGUCUUCGGAACUAGUUGUCAGUGGAUAUCCUCAGAGGAAGAGCAGGGCCAGGGACCAUUUCAUCAGACUUGGGAGGGAUAGUGAGGAUUUGAACAGAGAGGAAGAGGAAUUAUCGGAGGAAAGGAAAAAGAGAUCCACCGACUGCCAUGAUUGCCAGUAAUUUGUUCUAUCGAUGAUCUGUGCCAAAAUUUAGUGCCACCUGUUUAAGACUUUAGUGUUUUAAUGGUAAUAAAUUUCUCUAAAAUUAUUUUAAUAUAUGUGUUGUAUAUUCGUCUACAAAAAAAUCCCUUGUAAAUUGCUAGUGACUUUAAAAAUUUUUAAUAAAAAAAUUCUUAUAUAAGAAACAAAAAAAAAACAUAGAAAUUGUUUAACGUUGUAUGUACGCGAUGAUUGUAAAAAAAAAAAUCAAAUAAAUAUAUCUAUUACAUAUUAAAAAAAAUAUAUCACCCGUUUCUAAUAAAAUUAAAGCAAAAUACGCUUCACGAUGCCGCUUAGUUUUUUAAUUUAUCCGUCAAGUCAAUUAUUUCGUAAAUCAAAUAAUUAUUUUAAAUAACCUUAACAUGUUAUUUCGAGAAUACCAUUUUGUAUGGCUGGGAUACAAAAUGGAAUACUCGUUAAGAAUAUUACGAAUAAUGAAUUAUAAUAUGAAAAAUAUAUGAGUGUUUUA